UAUCACUAUAUAAACUGCAGAAUCUCAGAUAUAGAGCACAAGCACUUGCAGAGUUAUACUCGCCAAAGAGCCAUGAAGGUCCUUGUUGUGUUUGCCCUUGCCGUUUUCACUGGCUGUAACGCCAACCUUUUCUAUGCUGAUGAACCCAAGCCACAGCUGGAAGUCCUGACUGAUGCAUUCUGGGACUAUGUUUCCAAAGCUACCCAGACAGCUGAUGACACCCUCCAGAUGAUCAAGAAGUCUCAGUUUGGACAGGAUGUGACUGCUCGUCUCACAGAUAGUGCUGAUGCUGCUACAGUGUAUGCUCAAAGAGUCCAUGAGCAGCUUCCCCCUGUUGCCCAGGACAUGAUUGGCACAGUCACCAUGGAAACCUAUGCCCUCAGAACUCGUUUGGAGCAGGAGAUGACCACUGUCAAGGAAAAGCUUGAGCCCUUAACUGAGGAGAUGAAGGCCAAGAUCCAAGAGCGAGUAGAGCAGCUCAAACAGGAGCUGGCCACCUACACAGACACCAUGGACUCAGAGGCCAUGAGGACCACCCUGGUAAAGAAGACAGAGGAGCUAAAGGCCAGCCUGGAGCAAAGUGUGCAGGAGCUGCAGACUCAGCUGGGGCCUUACACUGAUGACCUGAAGCAGAAGGUGGACCAGCACCUGCUGGUCUUCAAGGAGAGAGUGGCCCCCAUGACAGAGCAGGUUCAGAGUGAGCUGGCUCAGAGAGCCCAGCAGGUGAGAGAUAUGGCCUCCCCCUACGUUGAAGAGCUGAGGAAAGCUGGACCCUUGACCCAGGACGUCCAGACCCGUCUCAAUGCCCUGUACGAGUCCUUUGUCAAAACCAACUAAGUAGUCAGAAGAGAAGGAAACUUCAACAAACAAGACAAUAUUCUCUGAUCCAAAGCUCUAUACCAUAUUUAUAUGAAAACACUAGCUUAUCUAUUUUGAAAUUUGCACAUUUAGAUAAUACAAAUAAAAAUAAUUCAUUAUAUACAUA